AUGUCUCUUAUAGAAAUCAUGGACUUAGAGACUGUCUUAGAAGAUGUGGAUUUUGAAGAAGAGGAUUAUAUUAAUGAAACUGAGCUAGAACAGACAUACUAUGCGGGUCCGGAAGAGACUCUCUUUCCGACGGUUCCUCCACCUCCACCUGGGCUGGCGCCGAUUCCCGCGACACUCCACUAUUACUUUCGUCGACUUUUUAUUCAUCUCGAAUAUUUCUUUGUGGAGAAUUGGGGAUAUUUCCUCAUCGGAUUCGGAAUCUUCCUUGUCUUCAUAAUCGUUCCCGGCAUUCUUCUCCAAGUUUACUGCGACAGGCUUUACCGGAAAUAUAAAAGGGAGCAGAUAACGAGGAAGAUCUUGGAGUAUGAGGCGGAAAUGGAACGAGAUGGUGCUGAUGAAGACAAUCGGGCUUCGAGAAGAUAUCGACCUGAUUCCGACAGUUCUAGUUCUGAAGAGUCUUACAGGCAUCACAGAAGAGGCAGAAGAUCAACCCGAAAGUCCGGGAAAAAAGUCCGCGCUCGUUCUCGUCCAGCUGCUGAAGGAAAAGAAAAAUCUUCAGAGAAGCAAAAAUCUCCCGAAUCAUCUCCCACUCCCGAGAAGCCCCCAGCACUGCCGCCAAAGACAAGCAAGAAACAAGCGAAGGAGAAGACUGAACCUGAUAAAAAACAGGGUUCGUAUCACCACUUCCGUCAUGGAAAUGGAAAGGCGCGAUUUGAACUCAUACGCGACUCAGGAGUGUCAAUGUGGGAUCCAGAAGCUCAAGAAAUCAACGACCAGAGCUUCCAAAGUCCUGACAAUUCCAUGCCUUUUGCCAGCACUUCCGAAAAAACCGUCAACGCCCUUCCAUAUCCCGAUCAACUGGACCAUUUUCAGACAGAAAACGAAAUGUCCAACACAUUUCCUGAAAAUGGCUACCAAGAAACUAUCACUGCAUCGACAAUAACAGAUCACAGAUUGCCGACAAUGCGGGAAGAAUCAGCCCCGAGCUCGGAUCAUCGAGGAGCUUAUUGGAGUGCUGGAAUCGUUUCUCAAUUCAACGGCGCUAGAACUCCCCCAAGGCCUCAACGAUCUCGACCAGAAGCGACUAAUGCAACUCCAGCUACGCCGAUUACAUAUGACGAGAUCCGAGAAAUGAACCAAGUCGUCCCACACGAUCCCGAGGUCAAAAAACCUUCAGAAAUUCAAAACUACAACGACGCCCUUAAUUCCCUCUCACAAAAGAAUGACGAUUUACUUUUUGAAAAGCGAACUGGUAGUGCUCUCAUCCCAAGUCUCAUGCCCGCGCCAGAAAUCGACGAAGCCGAUCCCGACAAGCCCCCACCAAUUCCACCCAAAGAAAAUAAAAGCAUCUUGGAACCACAAAAAAUACCAAAUUUGGACCUAAAACGAGAAACUCAUCUGGAUGGAACACCAACGAACAACUUUCAAGGAGAAAUCGUAAUUGAUCCGAAAUCAUAA